GGGGCAACUUCGUAAUUACGGCGGCCAAACGGGAAUGGAAUGGAUAAGCUCCUGCAGCUGAGAUCCAAUAGAGGAGACACCAACGCCAACCAUUCCAAACAAGGGAAGCAGCAGCAGCUAUCGAACGAUGGAAGCCUCUUCGCUGGCCACCAGAGCCCUGCCCUCGCCAUUCUCUCCUUCACCAAACCAAACCAAAUCUCUCGCCCAAUCCCCAAUCUUCCGGCCAAACCCAGUCCAAACCCACACCCACUUCCCGCCCAUCUCCGCAGCGCUCAACAGGCCCCGAGGCUUCGGCCCCGCCCCCAAGAAAACCAGAAAGAGAAAGACACAGAAGAAAGGCGGCUACAACACCGACGACGAAGACGAGGACGAAGAGGAAGAAGAGGAGCGGGAAGCGGGGAUCAUACCGGAGGUGGUGACGAACCGAAUGAUCAGCCGAAUGGGGUUUUCAGUGGGGAUCCCGCUGUUGAUCGGGUUGAUGUUUUUCCCGUUCUUUUACUACCUGAAGGUUGUGGCCAAGGUCGAUGUGCCGACGUGGGUGCCGUUUAUAGUGUCGUUCGUGUUCUUCGGGGCGGCGCUGUUGGGGGUGAGUUACGGGAUCGUGUCGUCGAGCUGGGAUCCGUUGAGGGAAGGGUCCGUGUUGGGGUGGAAGGAGGCGCAGAAGAAUUGGCCCGUCUUCUGGCAGUCCAUUUGGGGGCCAGGAUCCGGGAAGAAGAGGUAGCUUGCUGGCCGGCGCCGGCGAUGGCGAUGGCGAUGGCGAUUCACUCUUCAGAGAUCUUGAACUUACCAAAAAGCGGGGGACUGCAUGCCUCCUGAGUUCAGCUCAGUCGGCUUUUGCUUUAGCUUAAAGAGUAGUACUGAUAAUAUUUCUGACUCUAUUUUAUGCGUUCCUUUUAAUAUUUGAUUGGGGUGGAACUGAGCUGAAUGACAAUACCCUUUUGAGUGAAGUGAAGGGGCUUAUUUUGUACAACAAAUUUUGUAAGAUACAUUUCAAUACAACCUCCCUCACAUUCGCAAGUGAU